CAGGAGUUCUGUUUUCUUUUUCUCCAGAAAGCUAAUGGGGUUGAGCUGGCCUGAGACAGAUGGGACAGGCUUGCACUGUGUGUGAUGAGCCGACGGCAGCCUGUUGAAGCCGGCCACCUUCCCCCGGGAGUUAAGAGCUGCCGGGAGCACCCGGCCCAGCUCCCUCGGGCCUCGCAGCCCUGACCCAGCUCCCAAGGCCAGGGCCAAGUCCCCGAAGUCUCCGUCCAGCCACCGUCAGCAUGGCCAAGGCCCCGGCUGACCCAGCCACCGAAGGCGACCUUGAGCAGAAGAUUCUGCAGGUGCUGAGGGACGCUGGCUCCCCGCUGAAGACCACCCAGCUGGUGAAGGAAUGCCAAGUGCCCAAGAAGGAGCUCAACCAAGUUCUCUACCAAAUGCAGAAGAAGUCAAAAGUCACCCUGGCUGCCCCCGCCACCUGGUGCUUCGGUGGGAGUGAGACUCGAGUCACCGGUCCUGCAGCGCUGGCUGAGCCCGGUGGUGCCCUGACUCUCCAAAAAGGAGCAGCUGCAGUGCCCCCGACUCCUGGGCCUCAGCUCAGCGGACGGCAGGAAGCCAUUUACAGGCUUCUGGAAGCUGGGGGGCCCCUCAGUGCCCUGAACAUCUCCCAGGCCCUGGGCAUGAAGACGGCAAAAGACGUUAACCGAGACUUGUAUGAGAUGAGGGACAAGCACCUUCUGAGCCUGGACCAGAAUUCAAAAUCGUGGACGAUUUACCGACCAGGAGAUUAUGAAAGAAAACAUCAACUCACCACAGUUAUUUACCAGCAAAAUCCAGUCAAUGUGAUCCACCAAAAUGGACCCAAUAGCCAAAUUUCCAUUAUACACUCUGAAGCCACACAGAUCGGACAUGGUAACACCAUAAAGAGAGAAAUGGCCUCUGGGGAGAGUGGCUCGACGGCCCCCCUCCGUCUCCCCCCGACGGCACAAGGUGAUGCCUCAAUGCAGGGGUCCCCAGCCGGCGCCUGGGGGGUCCAGGACAUCCAUGUGGAGAAGUCUGUGUUCCGACGGGUGCAGCUGGGACACGGCAACGAGAUGAGUCUCCACGGAGCCCGGGCCGAGGGCCCUGUGCUCAUCCCCUCGGGCAGCCCCCCAGCCUCUGCCGCCACCGGCCAGGAGCCCUUGUUCGAAGUGCGGAUGCCCACGCCGGGACCUCUCCCAGAGGGGGACGCGGCCCAGCGAGUCCACAUUGCGUCAUGCUUCCUCGAGGACACCGCCAUCGGCAACAGCAACAAAAUGACCAUCGGCGCAGGGACGGUGGGGCGCGCAGGAGUGGCCAGGCCCCCCGACGGCUGGGGGAGGCCCGGAGAGUGGGAAAAGGACACAGAGGAAGGCCCAGCUCCGGGCUCUGAAGCUGUGCUGUCCAGAGGUGAUUUCUUCGGUGACGUCCACCAGGCUGCCCCCAGCAACAUGUCCACACUCACCCCCUCCUUUGAGGCUGUGACUCUUGGGAAUGGGGACCCCACACCCGCAGGAGACGGCGGCUGUGCAGCUGGCACCUCAGACAUGGGGAAGCAGCAGGGAGGCUGGAUUUAGAAGGAAGGGCCCUCUUGGCAAGUGCCGCGUCUGCCUUCCAUAAACACCUUGGUGACCUCUUUGCUUCCCAACGCGUGGCCCACGUUUCAGCUGAGAUGUGACCUCAUCCAGGAAGUCUUGCCAAGUACCUGGUCUAGCCUCAUUCUUCUUCUCUGCUUCUGAGGCCUCUGGUGCAUCCCCCAUCAAACCCAGACUUCGUUAUCCUGUCAUCACCUAGUUGCUUGUCUAUCUCUCCACACUCAUCAAGUCUCAUUCAGCUGUAGGGGACAGAAAGCCAGAUCAGCUUCAGCACAAAAGGGGACAGAGUGGCCCUUCUAAUAGAUGAGUCCAGGGAUAGAGCCUGCUUCAGGAAUGUCUGGAUCCAGGGGCUUAGACAAUGUCUUAGGACUCAGCCUCUCUCCCUCCAUCUCUCUGCCUACCUUCCUUAUCAGGGGAAAUGGCCCAAAGAUGGCCCCCAGCAGCCCCCUACCUCCAUCCACCAGCCUUGCAGGAGAGCAACUCUGCCCCAUUGGAUAGCUAAGGUCACAGUGUCGUCACAAACUGGUCACUGGUUAGAGCAAUGGAGCGCUGUGAUUGGCCAGGCCAGUGUCACAGGGUCUAGCCUAGAAACUGGGAUUGGGGGGGGAGCACCAGCCACCCCUAGCCGUAGGACCUGCAAGUGCAGGAUGGGCAGUUCCCUCAAGUGAAAUCCAAGGUCUGUUACCAGAAAAGGGAGGCCAGGCCAGCAGGAAAAUAGCAGUCGGCUGCACCCCCAACCCCAGCUUUGGACAGUGAAAUUCCUGGGCCCAGGGGCCUGGUCUCGUCUCUCCCACUUCCUGGGUUAGUGGUGGCUGCCUAGGGAAUGUAUGCCAGCUGCUGCCAUGGGCCAGGGCCUCUUCUGGGCCCUCAGGCGACAGAGAGAGGGAGACAAACCCCUGCCCUCAGCAGGGAGGAGGACCCAUCCAUGGGCAGCGGGCACCCAGUAGGAGUGAUCACAGGGAAUUAGGCAGGUGCAGAGCCGGGGCCCUGACACAGACUGGAGGAAUCCAGGAGGCUUCCUGGAGGAGGAAGAAACCUACAGCUCAUCCUUAGAGGGCAGAGGAAGGAGGUCAGGGUGGGAUGGGAAUGGUACUGCAGGCGGAGCACAACCCAGGGCAAAGACAGCAAGGUCAGAAGCAACAUGAUUUAUUCUGAGAACCAUGGCAGUUGGGCGGUGCUGGAAGGGCCCAGCCAAGGCUGGUGCAGGCGGGAGGGCAGCUGGAGGGGAAGCCAGAGCCAGAUCACGUGUGCCUGUGAGUUUGGGUCCGACGCUCGGCUCUUCAGAAGCAGGGCCCCGUCUGCCUGUGGAUGCCAGAGAACCGAGCAGGUCCAUGCCACAAGGUAGCUGGAUUCAUUAAAGGGUGGGGUUGGGUGUUCUUGUCCCAUGGGAUGGAAUUGCCUAGCCCCUACUGAGUGCAUGGGAUAUUCAGUUUGCAAACAUGAGCCACCAGGUCUCAGGAUGGCUUGGGAUUGGGUUUGGCCCAUUGCUCACGGGGUUGGCUUCCCCCUGAGGUGAGCUGAAAACGCUUCCACUCAAAGCAAGGCUCCGUGUCAGCAGGGGAUCAAAAUGCACUGUCAGAACUCAGCUCCCACCCCCUCUGAACCAGAAUAUUAAUUUUUCAGUGAGAUUUUCCCUCUUCGUAUAAUUAAUUUGUCAUAAACACACUGACAAAUCAUUGCUGGCAGUUAAUGGGGGUUGGAGGUGAAGGUCAAAGCUGGUCGCUUCAGGAAGGAAAUUAACUAGCUACCAUUAAAAGCAGAAAAUGAUUAAGUCCCACCAUCCCCCAGCCUAACCCACUCACUGGCCCCUCCUGUCUUCUAUGAUCUGUGCAAACAGAAUGUGCAGCCUCCAGAGGUGGGCUGGGGGGUGGGUAGGAAUUUGCUCAAUGACUUGGAAAUGAUUUUCCAAAAAUACCAUGACCUCCACAUGAACAGGUCCAUUUUCACCCCCAUUACUCUCUUCCUCUCGGAGUGAACCCAGACCCGACCCUUCACCUGUGGGGUUUUAGCGGAUAGCCAAGAUAGGAGGCUUAGAACAGGAAAAAGAGUCUAUGGAGAAAGCUGGGAGUAUUUUGACUGCAAGUGACAGAAAUCUAGCUCACCCUGGCUUAAACAAAAAGGGGGAUAUAUUUGCUUGUACCACUGGGAAGCUAAGGGAUCCUAGCUUCAGGAAUGGCUGGAUCCAGGGGGAUCAAGUAUUAUUUUCAGGACUCUGUCUUUCCAUCUCUCUGAGAGGCUCUCUCCACGUGGCUCCCAGCCACCCAGCAUUUAUGGCCUAAUAGCUUAGCCACCACAGCAGAAAGAAAAUUCUUCAAGCUAAAUAGAGCUGGUGGAAUGUCCCAGGGAAGAUUCUGAUUGGUCAAGCUUGGGUCACAUGCUGGUCCUUGAACCAAUCAGGGAGAAAGGAGUAUUCUCAUUGGUUAACAUGGGGUCAGAUGUGCUGCCCCCUGGUGGGGGGAAGUGAGAAGGAUGUGAAAUGCAUUCCUGAAAAAAGAGUGGACCUUUAUCAGAAGAGGGGAGGGAUGCUGCACGGCAAAAAGCAGGUAUCCAUGUGAGACCAAGGAAAGAGAUGGUUAUCUGGAGCAUGAGCUAUAUUUUCUACAGUAAAUUAAACAAUUUAACUUGUACAGUCAGCUUGUUCAAACACCACAAUUACAUGGAACUUUGAACAGGAAGUGAGAUCUGGUAGGUUUGCACAGGUUAGUGUGAAAUAGUGACACAUCCCAGAGU